AUGAAGAGGAGAUCGGAGAUCGCUGGAUGCGGCUCUGUACAGAUCGGCGGCGGCGACGAUUCUCCGUACCUAAUCGACAGUGGUGGUUGCAAAGGUGAUCAGAGCAUCCGAAUGGCGGUUCGGGCGACUAUGACAAGGUUCCCGGGCGACCCGGAUGCCCAGGAGACCUGCGGCUUGCCGUGGGGAGUAACAUUGACUCCAUUUGCCACCAAGGACGAGAACGGCAGCCCGCCGGUGUACGGAUCGGACGGGCAUUUGUUGCCUCGGUGCGAGAAUUGUUGGGCCUAUUACAAUACGUAUUGUGACCAGGAGCAGUGGGCAUGGAUCUGUGCCCUCUGCGGCACCCUCAAUGGGCUUUCGUCUCACUCAAUUGCCAGACACUCCCUCCCCGAUUCAUGCCCGGAAACUUUGUCUUCAUUCAUCGACCUUGAAUUGCCGUUGGAAGGAUCUGAGGAAAUGCAGCCGAGGCCAGUGUAUGUUGCAAUGGUUGAUAUUUCGUCAUCAGAAGAGUUUCUGGAACUGACUAAAAGUGCUCUUUUAGCUGCCCUGGAAGCUCUUGGGCCUGGAUCACUUUUUGGUAUCGCCACAUUCAGUCACAAAAUAGGCUUGUAUGAUGUUCAGGGGGCCAUUCCAGUGGUAAAAAAUGUGUUCACCCCCCCUGAUUCUGAUGGAAACCUGGCAAUGGAUCUUGAAGAUGUCAUGCCAUUGUUUUCUUUUCUUGCUCCAGUUGAUACCUGUAAGGAUGGAAUUGCAUCUGCACUUGAAACACUAAAACCAACAACUUCAUGGGAACGAACUACAGAUGCCGGUCAAGGAUUAGAUGGAGUUUUUCUCGGCGGGCGAGGCUUUGGAGUGGCAAUAGAAGCUAUCGUUAAUUAUCUCGGAUCAGAAUAUGGGAAUACCUAUGCUUUAGCCAGGGUUUUUGCCUUUUUAUCUGGUCCUCCUGAUUAUGGUCCCGGCCAGCUAGAUACUAGACGGUAUGGUGAGCAAUAUGCUAGUAAAGGAGAGGAUGCAGAUCGUGCUUUACUCCCCGAGCAGACUCCAUUCUAUAAAGAUUUGGCUGCUGUUGCUGUUCAAGUUGGUGUUUGUGUGGACAUAUUUGCUGUGACAAAUGAGUACACCGAUUUAGCAUCUCUGAAAUUUCUUAGUAUUGAGAGUGGGGGAUCUUUGUUUCUGUAUUCAAAUACUGACGAUUCAACACUUCCUCAGGACAUGUACCGUAUGUUAAGUCGGCCAUAUGCUUUCAAUUGUGUCCUACGGCUGAGGACGUCAACUGAAUUUAAACUUGGCCAUUCCUAUGGGCAUUUUUUCCCUGAUCCUCAGUAUGAAAAUGUUCAACAUAUAAUUUGCUGCGAUUCUUUUGCCACGUAUGCCUAUGACUUCGAUCUUGCGAAUAAUACUGGAUUCUCAAGGCACACCUCAGAACUUCCCAUGUUACAGAUUGCAUUUCAGUAUACUGUUGUUGUUCCCCCAGAUGAGCUCUCCAAUUCAGGUCCAAGUUCCACAAGUAGAGAAAAGUACUCCCUCCGAAGGAGAUUGAGGAUUAAAACUUUCCAGUUUGGAGCAGCACGUAGUAUUAACGAGAUAUACGACAGUGUUGAUCCUGAAGUUGUUCUCUCAAUACUUGUUCACAAGGUGAUUUUGGCCUCUUCAGAGAAAGGAGUCCGAGAGGGUAGGAUGUUACUACACAAUUGGCUUGUAAUUCUUAUAGCUCAGUAUAAUGAUGCUUACAAAAUUGCCCAAUACGAAAGUGGGAGUUUGACAACUGCUAACAUUGACGUCGCCUUCUCCCAAUGCCCUCAGCUGCAACCUUUACCUCAAUUAGUCUUUGCUUUGCUGCGAAAUGCUCUCCUCCGCUUUCAUGAGGAAGGUGUUCAUCCAGACUACAGAAUAUAUCUUCAAUGUCUAUUCAGUGCUCUGGAACCAUCUUCGCUUAACCGGGCUAUAUAUCCAUUGUUGACCUCAUACUCCAGUCCGGAUAAACAAGCAUUUCCUCACCAUUCGUUGAGUCGUGCUGCGUUAAUGACAAGUGGUAGCCCGAUAUUUUUCCUGGAUGCGUUUGCAAGUCUCAUUGUGUUUUAUUCAUCCACAGCCGACCCUGCACUUCCCUUUCCUCCACCACAAAACUGUUUAUUGAGAAAUACCAUUAACAAACUGAAGCAAGAGCGAAGUAUCACUCCUCAACUCAAAUUUAUUAGGGGAGGGCAGGAUGAUGCGACAGCCUUUGAGAACUAUCUUAUAGAGGAACAGUACGUUGGGGGAAAUGGUUUCCCAAGUGUCUUGGGAUUCGUUUCCUUCCUUGAGGAGAUUAGUCAGGGUGUAGUGGAGUACAUGAAAUAA